AUGCACGACCAGGGCUCGGCGCCACAGCGAGCGGAGUAUUGCGGUCAUCAGGAGGACGAAAGAGAGGGAGGGAGGGCGGAUCCCAGCAACCAACCUACCACCUCAUCACCCGAGAGGGGUCAGGGGGUAACGGCCCAGAGAAACCUUGUCAUCAACAGGUGCCGCGAGGCACUCGGCCGGCAGCAAACAACCUUCAUUGACCUCCCGAGGCCACCGCCGGCGCCUCGUAAGUCACUCACUCGAAGGACCACACACUUGCUCAUAGCAGAUCAUCUUGGGCAUGGCCGAUCCUUGCCAUGCUCCACGGCUUUGACGGCAGAUGUGGACGCCGAGGAAAUCACUUGGCUGCUGGUACGACGUGAGUGGUCAUCCCACGAUGUCUUCACCCACUCGGCCGACGAGUCGCGCGUCGUGGAGCUAAGUAGGUCGCCCACAAGGUUGAUCUUGGAGCUCAUCACCUCCAAGUGGCUCCGAGUGGAGUGGAAAUGCGAGACUCCGCUGACGGCUCUCACGACUAAUGAUUGCCCAAAUCGAACGCUCGGCCGCAGGACGCUGUAA